CAAUAAAAGUCUUUUAUUACUGUCUAAGCCAAGAAAUGAAUUGGGAGCUGUUGUUUUCAUUGUAACCCCGGUCUAUUUUUUAACAUGCAUUGUCCAAUCUCUUUUAUUUGGUGUCCAUUUAAAACUCUCUUAAAGGUCUUCAAAAAUUUUUUGCCUCACAUUUCUUUGGAUUUUUUAUUUAAACGUCAUGUGCUGGUAGUUGCUACUGCACAGCUAUUUUCCCCAUCUCCUGCACGAGAUAUUCCCUUUCUCAGAAGGGGUAACUAUAGGACCCAGAGGGAGGCUACUGGGGCUUUCUGGGAAAUGGAUUCUUCCUUUUUCCAAGAGAGAACACACAAAGGGAAAGGUCCUUCCCCAAUUUGGCCCCUUCUUGCUUUAAAUAUGGUUGUGUGAGGCAACGUUCCUUGGAUCGUGGGGGCCCUUUCCGAGAAAGAGGUGACAAGCCUGGGGAGGAAACUCCAUGGGAAGUAGAUGGCAGGAGAAAUGGUCCUUUAUGACAUCCUUAGGUAGUGUCAUCAGACCUGGAACUGCCAACCUCCAGACUUAUGUGACAUGACAGCAAUUACCCCAUAGAAUAGCUUACCCACAGAAUAGCUGUGAGUGGCUAUUCUGUCACUUGGUCUGAAAAUGCAAUUCACUAAUCUAAACAUGGUUCUGUUCUCUGAAGCCUUGCUCCAGAACAAAGUCCCAGGUAACAAUAGAGUGCUUUUCAGUCUUCCAGGAACGUGUCCCUAGAGAGUGCAGGGCGGGAAAAGGGAAGUGCUAGCUGAGGAGUAGAUCUGAGCUGCCAGAUUCAUGCAAAGCAGGUAUUCCAAUUCCCUUCGGUCUCAAAAAUGCACGCCGAUCUUGCAGGGCACUCUAUUCAAGCCUCUCCGCCAGUGAGUACCCUUUCCCCAGCACCCACCUACUAACGCGCUCUCUGGCGAACAGACUGGCGGACUCGCCGCCCAGGUAUGGCCAGGAGAGGGGGUACGGCCGGGAACCGCGGGGACUGGGCUGGGCUGGGCUCUGACGCCGCAGGCUCCCCUUACCCCUGCAGGAGACGCGCUCACCCCUCCCCACGCCCGUCUUCAAGAGGACCCGCCCUCCCCCGCCGUGAGUCCAGAGAGGCGCGGUCCACGCGAAUCCUCUGAACGUAGGUCAGCUCUAAGCGCGCCGCGUCCGUAUUUCGGAGGACUUUUAAAAUGAAGCACAGGCGCAGGAAAACGAAGAUAGUUCAGGACGUCAGUAAGCCUGUCGUGGCCAGACAGCUAGCACGUCUCUGGUCGCAGAAUACCUGUUCUCAGCCUUCCUUAAACUGCAGGAGCCGGAGCAGCGGCCGGCCCGGGAGACCCGCCCUCGAGACGCGCGCGCCUACUCGUCGCGUCUCACGCAGGCACGCACGCUCGUCGCGGGCCCGAGCACGUCAGCAGUACGCAAGCGCACAGCGAUCCCCGCGCUUUUCGGAGGCUUCCCGUCGGCGGCGAGGCGGAGAGCAAUGACCUUUGGUAGUAGCAUCAAGGAGCAUUUUAUACAUGGUGAAGCGCACUGCACUUGGAGUGAAACUGCUUGUGUGCGAAUUCUGACACCCUUGCUGACUGGCUGUGUGAUCUCUAAUAAAACAGAAGGCUCAGCAAUAGUAAGAGGCUUGCUUAAAAGAUCCUUCAUUUAUGUUUUCUUAGAGACCAGACUUACACUCCUGGGUUGGACCUCUAAAAUGCAGGUCUCCAACUCUAGGUCUGUGCACCUGAGUGAAUGGCAGAAGAAUUACUUUGCACUUAUGUCUGGUAUGUGUACAUCAGGACAGAAGGCGGAUGCAUACCGAGCACAGAUACUACGCAUUCAGUAUGCAUGGGCAAACUCCGAGAUCUCCCAGGUCUGUGCUACCAAACUGUUCAAAAAAUAUGCAGAGAAAUAUUCUGCAAUUAUUGAUUCUGACAAUGUUGAAUCUGGUUUGAAUAACUAUGCGGAAAACAUUUUAACUUUGGUAAGAUCUCAGCAAACUGAUAGUGACAAGUGGCAGUCUGGAUUAUCAAUAAGUAAUGUUUUCAAAAUGAGUAACGUACAGGAGAUGAUGCAAGCUGGCAAAAAAUUCAAAGACUCUCUUUUGGCACCUGCUGAUGCAUCAGUAGUAAUCCAUAAAGAAGCCGCUGUCUUUGAUCUUCCUAAAUUUAGCAUUUGUGGUGGUUCUGGGGAGAGUGAUCCAUUAACUAAGUCAGCUCUUGGUACAGCUAGGACCCAAGACAUCCCAGAGAGCAGUCCUUCUUUGAAGUGCCCUCAGAAUGCCCAGCCACCUAUGGUGACUAAUGCCACUAAGAUGUGUCCUAUAUUCUCAACGCCUUUUGGUGAAUCAGGCACUGCAAAAUUCCAUGCCACACCAUUGUUUGGCAAUGUCAAAAAGGAAAAUAACAACUCUCCAAAAGCCAACAUAGGGCUAAAUAUGUUCUCAUCUAAUCAGUCUUGUUUUCCUUCUGGCUGUGAAAAUCUACAGGAACGGAAAGCUUUUUAUGGUUCUGGCAUCAUUGAUGCACUUUCCACCCCAAUACUGAGUAAGGCUCCUACUAAAACAGAAGAUACUGGCCAAAGGGAGGAAAGCAGCCUGCCUACUUUUAAAACUGCAAAAGAACAAUUAUGGGUAGAUCAGCAAAAAAAGCACCACCAACCCCAGCGUGCAUCAGGGUCUUCAUAUGGUGGUAUAAAAAAGUCUCUUGGAGCUAGUCGAUCCCGAGGAAUCUUUGGAAAGUUUGUUCCUCCUGUACCUAAGCAAGAUGGGGGAGAUCUGAAUGGGGGAAUGCAGUAUAAGCCUUAUGGUGCAGGACCUACAGAACCAGCACAUGUGGUUGAUGCACGUCUGAAGAACUUGGAGCCAAAGAUGAUUGAACUCAUUAUGAAUGAGAUUAUGGAUCAUGGACCUCCAGUAAAUUGGGAGGAUAUUGCAGGAGUAGAAUUUGCCAAAGCCACAAUAAAGGAGAUAGUUGUGUGGCCCAUGAUGAGGCCAGACAUCUUUACUGGUUUACGAGGACCCCCUAAAGGAAUUCUGCUCUUUGGUCCUCCUGGAACUGGUAAAACGCUAAUUGGCAAGUGCAUUGCUAGUCAGUCUGGGGCAACAUUCUUUAGUAUCUCUGCUUCCUCCUUGACUUCUAAAUGGGUAGGUGAGGGGGAGAAAAUGGUCCGUGCGUUGUUUGCUGUUGCAAGGUGUCAGCAACCAGCUGUGAUAUUUAUUGAUGAAAUUGAUUCUCUGUUAUCUCAACGGGGAGAUGGUGAGCAUGAAUCUUCCAGGAGGAUAAAAACCGAAUUUCUAGUUCAGUUAGAUGGAGCAACCACGUCUUCUGAAGAUCGUAUUCUAGUGGUGGGAGCAACUAAUCGGCCACAAGAAAUUGAUGAGGCUGCCCGGAGAAGGUUGGUAAAAAGGCUUUAUAUCCCCCUCCCAGAAGCUUCAGCCAGGAAACAGAUAGUAGUUAAUCUGAUGUCCAAGGAGCAGUGUUGCCUCAGUGAAGAGGAAAUUGAAAUGGUUGUACAGCAGUCUGAUGGGUUCUCUGGAGCAGACAUGACACAGCUUUGCAGAGAAGCUUCUCUUGGUCCUAUUCGCAGUUUACAAACUGCCGACAUUGCCACAAUUACACCAGAUCAAGUUCGACCAAUAGCUUAUGUUGAUUUUGAAAAUGCUUUGAGAACUGUGCGACCUAGUGUGUCUCCAGAAGAUUUAGAGCUUUAUGAAAACUGGAACAAAACUUUUGGUUGUGGAAAGUAAAUGGGACACUUAAAAGAUGGCAUCUUGGUAGUACAGUCUUUUCCAUUUUUUAGCAUAGAAAACUGGGAAUUUAUUAAUUGUGGUUUUAGUGUAUAUUCUGAAUUCUGGACCUUAGAUAGAAUAACAAUAGCUUGUUUGACAGUUGACCUAGCCUAUGUUAUUAUAAGCUUUAUUUUUUUUUCCACUUAUUGCCUGAUGCGUAAGUGGAUUCAUACGAAACAAGAAUGAACUUUUUGUUACGUUACUAAGAGGUCUUUCUUUUGAAGAUGGAUAAUAUGAUGAAUAGUCAGCUCAAAUUGAAACUUUUUUAACUCUCAUUUGUAUAUGAGGAUGUAUCUGAUUUAUAUUCAUCUUUUAGUGAAGAAAGAGUCUUCUGAAGACCACUUGAUUCUCAGUGUUUGCUAGUAUAAUGGUUUGCAUUUGAGACAGAAUAUUGCUUACUGUUGUUUAAAUAGACUUAAGAUCUCACCCAAAGCUAGAGUGAAAGUGCUAGUUUUCACUUUCUUCUGGUUUGUGACCUCUUAAGGGUUUUUUUGCUUACCAGGAUUAACUUGAAUAAAAAUAUGUUCAGAAAUAGCAAGGUGUAAUCCAAUAUCAGAGACGUAUCCACAGAACUGAAAAGUGAAGAAUAUUGUAUUUUUCCAGGGGCUAUGUGAUGUUUAAAAUUAAUGGUUUAUUUGACUCUACUUCACAGCCUAUAGUAUUGCUCCCUUUCAAAAAUAAAUGUUUUAAAAUUUU